CAGCAGUCACGAUAGCGCAAAUUUAUCCAAAGGACAAAGAUGAUGACACUCCUCUCGCACCAUUGAUCUCUUCCCAAGACGCAGAAAUAAUCCCUGAUAAAUACAUCGUCGUUUUCAAAACCGAUAUUACUGCGGAUCAAAUAUCUUGCCACCACAAUCGAGUUAACACUGCGCUGUUCGAGGAAAGGAAGAAAUACAAAAGAGGAUUUAUGACCGAAUUGAUUUCUGGAAUUGAACACGUAUACAACCUCGAUGGCUUUCAAGGAUACUCUGGUACAUUCUCAAAAGAUGUACUAAAUCAUAUUAGACAAAGUGAUGACAUUGCUUACGUCGAGAAAGACCAUAAAGUCUACGCGGACGUAAUACAGUAUGACGCUCCGUGGGGUUUAGCCCGCGUUUCGCAUCGAGAUCGCCUUCAAUGGGAUACAUACAACAGAUACUUGUACGACCAAACAGCUGGCGAGGGCAUCACAGCGUAUGUUAUUGAUACUGGAAUUUACAUUAAUAAUACCGACUUCGACGGUCGCGCUCGAUGGGGUGUCACUAUACCAUGGGGUGAGCCCAAUAUCGACAACGUUGGGCAUGGAACUCAUGUUGCCGGAACUAUUGCUGGAACCAGGUUUGGAGUUGCCAAGAAUGCAAGACUUGUCGCCGUUAAAGUCUUGGGACAAGAUGGAGGUACCGUAUCUGACGUAAUCAAAGGCAUAGAAUGGACUGUCAGGGAUCACAGAAGAUCUGUCAAUGAGGCGAGGAGAGCAGGCCGGCAAUAUAAAGGUUCAGUUGCGAACAUGAGUUUGGGAGGUGCUAAAAGUUAUGCUCUAGACAGGGCUGCUAAUGCGGCGGUCGAUAACGGAGUAGUUCUGGUCGUAGCAGCAGGCAAUAGUAAUGCUGAUGCUUGCACUCAAUCUCCUUCCGGCGCUGCAAAAGCAAUUUCAGUUGCUGCUUCUACCAUACGCGAUGAACGCGCUGGAUUCUCCAACUAUGGUAGAUGUGUCGCACUUUUUGGCCCCGGCCAAGAUAUUUUGUCGACGUGGAUUGGCUAUCCCACGGCCACAAAAUCAAUUUCCGGCACUUCUAUGGCGUCUCCACACGUAGCUGGACUUGCAGCCUAUCUCCUCUCUUUAAGUCCAAGUCCGUUGUCCCCCACAGCUCUACGUAAUAAAUUGAUAGCUCUCGCCACAAGAAAUGCUCUUGUUGACGUGAAGGGUAGUCCUAAUCUCCUGGCUUACAAUGGCAUCAUCUGA